UCUGCCGAAAUGUUUCCCACUUCAGAGAAACUCGGCGCCGAAACGUCUCGAAACGACGACUUCUUAAAGCACUCACCCUCAUCGUCGUCACCUUCCUCCGCCGCUCCCCCUCGUCGCCCAACUCCCCACCUCUCCUCCUCUUCCGAAUCCGAGCUAUGCUACACGAAACCCACCAAAAAACCCUAGCCUCCAUUCUCAACCCCCACCACGCUCUCCAGGUUACAGCGCAGCUCCUCCUCCGCGGUCUCCUCCGCCGCCGCCGCCGCCUCCUCUCCAUGCUCGUCUCCUUCUUCGCCCUCUCCGACCCCCCCGACCUCGUCCACGCUCGCCUCCUCUUCUCCCACCUCCCUCGCCCCAACGCCUUCGCCUACAACGCCAUGAUCCGCGCCCACUCCCGCGCCCAGUCCCCUCGCGAAUCCGUGCUCCUCUACAAGUCCAUGGUCUCCAACGGCGCUCCUUUGAUCGCCAACAACUUCACCUUCACCUUCAUAGUCAACGCCUGCGCGAAGCUUCCCAGCCCCGAUGUGGGUUUUGGGGUUCAUUGCCACGUUGUGAAAUGUGGGUUUCAUUCGGAUACUUACGUUAUGAACUCGCUUAUGCAUCUGUACUCUUCGUUUGGUGAUAUGCCGUGUUCACGCAAGGUGUUUGAUGCGUGUUCUCAACGGGAUGCUGUAUCGUUUAAUACUAUGAUGGAUGGGUAUGCUAAAGCUGGUGAAGCGGUUAAUGGCCUGAGUGUUUUUAAGCAGAUGCUGGAUUCAGAUUCUAAGCCGGAUAGCUCUACAUUCGCCUCCGUGCUUUCUCUCUGUUCGGAAUUGGGUGAUGCUAGAACUGGGAAGAUGGUUCAUUUGCUAGCUUAUAAAACUAUAGGAUCUGACAAAUUCAGUAAUUAUAUAGUUACCGCACUUGUCGACAUGUACUCUAGAUGUGGGAUGAUGAGAUUGGCCAAUCAAGCGUUUCGCAUGAUGGGCGAUAGUGCGGAUGUCAAGGCAUGGAGUUCUUUGGUUUCCGGUUAUGCUAGAUGUGGGGACAUUGGUACUGCCCGUAAACUGUUUAGUGAAAUGCCUCAAAAGGAUUUGAUAGCUUGGACAGCGUUAAUUAGUGGCUGCGCUCGAUCAGGAAAGUACAGGGAAGCAUUGGAAAUUUUUAUGGAGAUGGAGAAGGAAGGACUUAGACCUGAUGAAGUGACCAUGGUUACUGUGCUUUCAGCAUGUGCUCAAUUGGGUGCCCUUGAUUUGGGGAAGAAGCUUCACGGUUACGUAGAAGACGAUGGGUUGCUUAAUAGAAACCCCAGAAUAAUUACCGCAAUUGUGGAUAUAUAUGCCAAGUGUGGGUGCAUACAAGAAGCUUUAGAUAUAUUUUACAAAGUUGAUUACAGAUUAAAAACAGUAGAGCUAUUCAACGCGAUUAUUUCGGGACUCGCUCAACAUGGACUUGGUGAGAAAGCAAUUGCAGUAUUUGGUGAAAUGGAAUCACUAGGGUUUGUUCCUGACGAGAUCACGUUUGUAGGUGUUUUAUGUGCCUGCAGUCACAGUGGCUUGGUUUCAGAGGGCACGAAAUUGUUUGAUUCCAUGGUGAAGUAUGGACUUAAACCACAGAUUGAACAUUAUGGAUGCAUGGUUGAUCUCUUUGGGCAAGUUGGGUUGUUGAAUGAGGCACGCAGUUUUAUCGAGAAGAUGCCAAUUAAAGCAAACUCAGUGAUCUGGUCAGCUCUGUUGCGUUCAUGUAGAAUCCAUAGGAAUGCUGAGAUUGGAGAACUUGCGAAAGAACAACUUCUUCAACUCGACUGUAAUUAUAAGGAGAGAGAUUUUCUUUUAUCUGACCUAUUUUCUGAUGUCAAGCGACGGGAUUAUGCUCAAAAGUUGAGAGAUAUUAUAAAUUACAGACAUAAUGGUAGGCGAACUGGCUACAGCUAUGUCGAAUGGGAUGGGACAGUGCACCAAUUCUCAGCAAAUAUGAAUUCACACCCUCAGGCCAAAGAGAUAAGUAUAAUGCUUGAAGAAAUUUCGAGGAGAUUGAGUUUUACAGGAUAUGAUACGGUUACUGAACAAAUACUUUACAAUGUCGGUAAGGAUAAAAAGGGUAGUUUAGUUCCUUAUCACAGUGAGAAGGUCGCUUUAGCAUUUGGGUUGAUAAACUUAGGUGCUGAGGAACCAGUAAAAAUUGUUACGAAUCUUCGUAUGUGCUCGGAUUGCCAUUCAUCUUUUAAGCUCCUAUCGAAGAUUUUUAAUAGGGAGAUUACUGUAAGGGAUGGAAUUAGGUUUCAUGAAAUAAAGCAUGGAUUAUGCUCUUGCGAAGACAACUGGUGAUGCAGCUUUCAGUUUUAUGUGCUGAUAUGAUGGGAAUUUGUGGUCUCUUAGCUUAACCUGGAAAGAUUAGUCAAACAGCCUCUCUUAUCAAGUGU